GCGUUUUGUCCCGGGAGCACGUAUCCCGGGAGCACGGUCCACGGAUUACUCAUUUCCACCCCAUUCCGCUAAACCCUUCAAUACAAAAACCCUUCAAUACAAAAACCCUUGAUCGUUCUGUUUGAGAAACCACACCAACUGCUUAUUCGUUCUGGGAAAAUUCCUCUCUUCCUGAAGAAAGAAGAAAAGCAGUAAUUACGUGAUGUUGGGUCGUCAGCUAACACCUUUGAUGAGGAGACUAUAUGGGGUUUCUCAAGUCGCGUCAUCUUCUUGCAGAGGAUUUACCAGUGGAUCAUCAUGCUUUAAAAGAAACAUGAUUCGUUAUUCUCAAUAUGGCUCUGAACAUUCUGAAGGGCAAUAUGGGGGUUUCUCACGGAUUUUGCUACAUGCACAAGCAGCAUUUCUUUUUUGGGGAAGCUGUUCUCUUGUUCAUGCUGAAUCAAAUGGGAUAGCGUCUGAAACUGAUGCUGGAGGGUCAACCAAUGUGGGCUUACAACAAGUUGAGGACGGGUCAGUCAUAUCAAAUGAACAUACAUCAAAGUGGCGAAUAUUCACGGAUAAUGGGAGGGAAUUUUAUAUGCGUGGGAAACUGAAUGAAGCUGAGAAGCUCUUCUCAUCCGCCUUGGUAGAAGCAAAAAUAGGUUUUGGUGAGCGGGAUCCACAUGUUGCAUCUGCAUGCAACAAUCUGGCAGAGCUCUACAGAGUUCAGAAAUCAUACGAUAGAGCGGAGCCCUUAUAUUUGGAUGCCAUUAGUAUACUCGAGGAAGCGUUUGGUCAAGAUGAUGUGCGUGUUGCUGCUGCUUUGCACAACCUUGGUCAAUUCCAUAUAGUGCAGCGGAAAUUUGAAGAAGCUCAAGUUUGUUAUGAGCGUUCUUUGAAGAUAAAAGGGCGUGUUUUGGGACAUGGUCAUGCUGAUUAUGCGGAGACAAUGUUUCAUCUUGGAACGGUGCUCUAUCUUCAAGGAAAUAUCAAGGACGCACAGGCCCUUAUUCAGAAUUCUAUUCAGAUAUUAGAGGAAGGCAGUCAAGGGGAAUCAUUCUCUUGCUUAAGGAAGCUACGAUAUCUAGCUAAGAUCUAUAUUGAGUGUCGUCGACUUGAAGAAGCUGAGAACAUACAAAGAAAGAUUUUGCACAUUCUCGAGUUGAACAAGGGAUGGGAUUCUCUGGACAGUGCAAGUGCUGCUGAAAGUCUUUCCAUCACUUUGAAAUCAUUGGGAAAACUAAGGGAUGCAGGAGAACUGCUACAAAGGUGUCUUGAUGUCCGAAGGACAUUACUCCCUAAAGAUCACAUCCAGAUUGGGGCUAACCUGCUUGGCCUCGCAAAUUUGGCUUUGCUGAAGUUCAAAGAAACCAAUAAUUUGGUGACUCCACAAGCAAUUUUGGAGCUUGAUAGAGCAAAAGAACUAUUAAAAGAUUCAAUCAGUUUGCAAAUCUCUCAUCAUGACAGAAUAGCCCAGCUAGUUUUGGAUGGGAGUAAAGAGAAGAAAAUCGUACGGAAGUAUGGACAACAUAUUGGAAAAGAUGAACAUACUGCAUUGAUCUUACUGCUACAAUCAUUAAAAGCUCUCGCACAUGUGGAGAUGGCUAAGCAAGAAGAACAACAAACACGGGAAGAUAUGCUGGUGUUGGAGGCCGAGAAGUCACUUAGACAUUGUAUACGUGCUUUUAAAGAGUAUGAAGCUGUAACCUCCACUUCUACAACCAUUGAAUCGAAAGGAGAGUAUGUUUCUUGCUUGAAGAAAUUGUUGAGCUUGAUUAUUGAUACUACCAAGAAUCCAGAGCAAUUGCGUAAAGCAGAUAUACAGGAACUGAAAGAAGAAAUCAGACAUGCUGAAGAACAAAUUUCAUCCCGCAGGAAACAUAAACUAGGCUUACGAAUAGCAUCCAUGUCAUAAAUUAAAAAAAUAACUUCAAAAGUUAUAUGUUCCUUAUAGAAGAAGACAAAAUGUUAAAAGUUUAACAUUGUCAUGUUUUAAGAAUAGGUUUUUUUUUUUUUUUUUUUUUUUUUUUUUUUUUUUUUUUUUUUUUUUGCAACAAGAACUCGAGGGAACAAACUACUGCAUUCCAUUUCUUGCUUUGAUAGCCAAGACAUGGGCAUGUUGGACCUGUCCUCUAUCUACUUUGUUUAUGCUACAAAAUUCAAAAACAGAAACUAAAGCAUUAAUAUCAUUUGUAAUACUAUCAAUCUGAAACAUACGCCUCUCUCUUUUUAA